AAUUCAUUUUUACCUAGUAAAUACAAGUUACAGAUCUGUAUUUUUCCGUUUGGAUUGCUGGAUUUGUUUCUUAGACCUUCAUUUAUCCAAACAGGAAUUGGGCAACAGACAUUGAUGGAAUGAGUUUAUAUUUAUCCUUUAUUUAUGUGCUAUAACUAGGAAUUUUAAUGUUCACAAACAUGUUUAACCAUUGUUUUAAAUACAGCUUCAUAACUGUGACAGUUUUUUUAGUAGGAUAUUUAAUUUCUCAUUAUAAGUGCCAUUUCUUUUUAUGUGGUUUUACUGCAUACCAACAGUCUGAUUUUUUUGCUUUCUGUCCAGAGUGAUUCAAGGGGGCCAGAAAAUACCGGGCUUUUGCCAGCUAUUGAGCAGCUCUGAUUGGAGUGAAGUACCUGGUUGCCAGGUGCAAGGGCAUAGGGUCAUAUCUGAAAUAUGUUGAACUUGUGUCUGUUUAUAGAUGUUUUUUAUAUACAGCCUGUGCCCCCUCACCCUGUUAGUGUGAUGAGAAACCAGUCUUAUUUUUGCGAAGGUGCAUGUCAAAGGGCAGCAGUCUUUCACAGUUGUCCAUACCCACUGUAGCUCCUGGGGGGAUGUAAAAAACACACUUGGGGGUUUAUUUUCCGGACUGGGGAAAAUUUGGGCAUUUUCAGUACUUUGGCUGUAGCUCUGAAUACAUUUUUAUGUCCUUGUUUGACUGGAGUAUUCUUGGAGAAGUCUUGGAGAACAGCACUCAUUUGACAGAAAAUUGCUGUGGAAGUUGACAUUUUAUUAAACAGUGUUUUGUUUGUUGGCUUUUUCACACUGUAACUUGCAUAGCUUUUGCUGAUGUCAGCUUCAGCAAUUUUAAGACUUCAGUGAAAACACACAGUAUCUUUCAGGAUUAGACAUUUACAGCUAUGCUGGGAAGAAAAAGGCCAUGAUCCUACAACUAUUAGUAUGUAAGUUACUCUGCACUUUAUAUGUUAACACACAUAUGUUAGUAUAGUUUCAUCUAUGACCUAGUCAAAUUUGUGUAACUCAGCUAGUUAUAGGCUAUAUAGUCAGUACAAUUAAUACAGUGACAUGUAUUAGGUACAUAUUAAGAGGCAAUAGCUGUUUCUGUAGUGUUAUCUUAUUUACAAUAGAGGGUGGUUGUGCCCGCAUUUGACUUAGUUUUUUCACACGUUUUCAGUCCAGUGGGAUGGAACUUUUAUUUACUUUAAGAACAGCUCACUGUUCAAAGAGAACUACACCCUGAGAGUAAACGAGUAUUACUGCUUGGAAUUGGGGCUGGAACUUUAGAAUUCUGAGUUUGUCAUCACUCUAUGUGAGACAAAUUAAUAUGGAAAACUGUUGCCAUUUGCUGAAGUGGCAUGAAAGGGUAAUGAUUAAACCAGUACAAUUCUUUGGGUUUGUCAGAUAUACCAAACUGGAGAAAAAUGUGUCAGAUUCUUGUCUUUGGGUGUAAAAAUUGACAGUUGCUUAUAUGUGCAGUCAGUACUAGGGUGUUUAGUGCUUUGAUCAUUCCUUUUGACUGCCUCAUUCAGCUUUAUGCAUUAAAAACUGAUGUGAAAUGGCAUUCAGUUUGAUUGGGCCAGCUUGAAUAAAAUCUCUUUUCCCAUUUGUGCUUAAUCUCAGAGCUUUCCAGCAGGCCAGCAGUAGCGCAUCGCUAUAAUUUAUAUUUCAGUGUGUGAAAGGAAAGCAUAUUAGAGUGCAAUUAUUCCUUACAUUUAUGUUUUCUGUUUUUCAGAGAAUUAAAUUACCCUAGCUUUAAUUUCGUGGCUUUGGAGGUCUGCCCAUUUGAUCCUGCAGUUGCUGCCCCUGUGCAAUCUUAAUUCUUCAUUCACAAAAGUUUUACGGAAAUCUUAGCAAACUGAAAUGUGAUUUUCUCUUUAAUCUUAGGCUCAAGACUGUUCUAAAAGAUAAUGUUUGCUUCUGCUAUUCCCCAUCUGCUGCAAUUGAUAAAAAUACUAAUUAUGAUAGAAGAAAAAAGUUAAGAUUUUAUUCCAAUGUGAUUUGCAGUCCUGGCUACUGUAGCUGGAUUUGUUACCAGUAGAAGAAGGCAGCCUGAGGACCUGAAACUUAUUAUGGGAUGACUUUUCUUCUGCCAGUACAUCCCACUCUCAUCCAAUAAAAAGAAGCACCACAGUCUGCUGCUUGAAUAGUGGAUGAAAAAAAGAAAACAAAGAAAAUUGACAGUGAACUUAACCCUGUCUGGAAUGAGAUUCUUGAAUUCGACUUGAAAGGAAUUGCUCUGGAUAAUUCAUCUUCCCUGACAAUUAUUGUGAAGGAUUUUGAAACAAUUGGACAAAACAAAUUAAUUGGCAGUGCAUCCGUAGCACUUAAAGAUCUUGUAGGUAACCAAAGCAGAUCUUUUCCCUUCAAGCUCAUACCUCUGCUAAAUGAAAGAGGACAAGAAACUGGAGCAACAAUCGAUUUGGUAGUAGGAUAUGAGCCACCAGCUGGACCUACAAAUCCAAAUGAUCCAGGAGGGACCAAUAUACAAGAAGAUGGAGAAGAUGAUGGUGGUUAUGAGGAUGGCUUGGAUGGUCCAGUUAGUAGUAUCACACCAGCAGUUCCAAGUGGCACGAAGGAAGCCCAGCUAGCUAAACGUAUCACCAAAGGAAAGAAAACACGGAGAAUCCUUUCUAACAAACCACAAGAUUUCCAGAUUCGUGUUAGAGUUAUUGAAGGUCGUCAGUUACCUGGAAAUAACAUAAAACCAGUAGUAAAAGUUCAUGUUUGCGGUCAGACACAUCGAACAAGAAUCAAAAGAGGAAACAACCCAUAUUUUGAUGAAAUAUUUUUCUACAAUGUGCACAUGACUCCUUUAGAGUUGCUUGAUGAAACUGUUAGCAUUCGGGUAUAUGAUUCUUAUUCUCUACGAGCAGACUGUCUAAUGGGAGAAUUUAAGAUUGACAUUGGCUAUGUUUAUGAUGAGCCUGGCCAUGCAGUCAUGAGAAAAUGGCUUUUGCUGAGUGAUCCUGAAGAUACAAAUUCAGGAGCUAAAGGCUAUAUGAAAGUCAGCAUGUUUGUCCUGGGAACUGGAGAUGAGCCACCAGUUGAAAAAAGGGAAAGAGAUAAUGAAAGUGAUGAUGUGGAGAGCAAUCUGUUAUUACCUGCUGGAAUUGCACUUCGAUGGGUCACUUUCCUUCUCAAAAUCUACAGAGCUGAGGACAUUCCACAAAUGGAUGAUGCUUUUUCACAGACUGUCAAGGAAAUAUUCGGAGGAGAAGCAGACAAGAAAAACCUGGUAGAUCCAUUUGUAGAAGUUUCUUUUGCUGGGAAAAAGGUUUGCACAAAUAUAAUUGAGAAAAAUGCUAAUCCAGAGUGGAAUCAAAUUAUUUAUCUUCAAAUCAAGUUUCCCUCUGUGUGUGAGAAAAUAAAACUUGCAGUUGUUGACUGGGAUCGUCUUACAAAAAAUGAUGUAGUAGGAACAACAUAUUUAAGUCUCUCAAAAAUUGCUUCUUCAGGAGGAGAAAUUGAAGAAUUUUCAUCUUCAGGAACAGGGGCUUCAUCAUAUGAAGCAAACACUGGAGAAGCUGAAGUUGGCUUUUUACCAACAUUUGGGCCUUGUUACCUAAACUUUUACGGAAGUCCAAGAGAAUACACUGGAUUCCCAGACCCAUAUGACGAAUUAAACUUUGGAAAGGGAGAAGGAGUUGCUUACAGAGGGAGAAUUCUGGUUGAACUAUCUACAAUACUUGAAAGCAAACCUGUUAACAACAAAAAAUUAGAGAUGAUUCCUAACGAUGACUUACUGGUUGUUGAGAAAUACCAGCGCAGACGAAAGUUCUGCUUGGCUGCUGUGUUUCAUUCUGCUACCAUGCUGCAAGACACUGGUGAGCCUAUCCAGUUUGAAGUUAGCAUUGGUAACUAUGGCAACAAGUUUGAUACCACCUGUAAACCUUUGGCAUCAACAACUCAGUAUAGUCGUGCUGUUUUUGAUGGUAAUUAUUAUUACUACUUGCCAUGGGCAAACACAAAGCCAGUUGUUACACUGACUUCCUUUUGGGAGGACAUAAGUCAUAGAUUAGACCCUGUGAAUGUAAUCCUAAACAUGGCUGAAAGACUGCAAACCAACUUAGCCACCUUAAAAUCAGGAAUGCAGGCUAAAAUUUCUGAAAACCAAUUAGCUGAAAUGUGGUUGAAGCUGGUUGAUGAACUUACAGAAGAUAUGAGUAAACCAUUUCCCCUCAUAGAAGGCAGAUCUAAUAUUACAGUCCUUGACACUCAGAUUGAAAAACUGCGUUUGAGGUCUCUCAAACAGAUCGGAGAAGCAGCAGCAAGGAUGAGAAAUGAAGCUACUGAUGUGAAAGCCACUCUGAUGGAAAUUGAGGAUUGGUUGGAUAGAUUAAUGCAACUGAGUGAAGAGCCACAAAACAGUAUGCCUGAUGUAAUCAUAUGGAUGGUCCGAGGGGAGAAAAGACUGGCUUAUGCUCGUGUUCCUGCACACCAAGUGCUGUAUUCCACAACUAGCCCGGAAUCAUCUGGUAAAUAUUGUGGAAAGACCCAAACAAUCUUCUUGAAGUACCCACAGGACAAGACCAAAGAUGUCAAAAUGCCUGUGGAGUUGCGAAUUAACAUUUGGCUUGGGCUCAGUGCAGUUGAAAAAAAGUUUAAUAGCUUCGCAGAGGGAAUAUUCAGUGUUUUUGCAGAAAUGUAUGAAAAUCAGGCUCUUCUCUUUGGAAAGUGGGGUACCUCAGGACUUGUUGGUCGCCACAAGUUUUCUGAUGUCACAGGAAAAAUCAAGCUGAAAAGAGAGUACUUUCUACCCCCAAAGGGCUGGGAGUGGGAAGGAGAAUGGAUGGUUGAUCCUGAAAGAAGUUUGUUAACUGAAGCUGAUGCUGGCCAUACUGAAUUUACUGACGAAGUAUAUGAAAACGAAAGUCGCUAUCCUGGAGGUGAAUGGAAAGCAGCUGAAGAAAGUUACACAGAUGUGAAUGGAGAAAAAGCUCCACCGCCACGUGAGUUCACAUGUCCUCUUGGAUGGAUGUGGGAAGAUGAUGCUUGGAAAUCAGAUUUAAAUCGAGCAGUGGAUGAGCAUGGAUGGGAAUAUGGAAUUACUAUUCCUCCAGCCACUAAACCAAAGUCAUGGGUGGCUGCAGAGAAAAUGUACCAUACACAUCGACGACGAAGACUGGUGCGGAAACGUAAGAGGGAUCCAGCUCAACCAGUAACAGCAGGAAGGGGAAUGCCAUCAUAUGAAGAUCAAGAAGGAUGGGAAUACGCUUCCUUGAUUGGCUGGAAAUUUCACUGGAAACAACGCAGUUCUGAUACUUUCCGUCGAAGACGAUGGAGACGAAAAAUGGCUCCCUCAGAGACACAUGGCGCAGCAGCUAUCUUUAAACUUGAAGGUGCUUUGGGAGCAGACAAUAGCGUUGAUGAUGGAGAAGGGAAGAGUUCAGAAAAAACCAAGGAUUCAGCAACAAAGGUGUUUGGUGCCAACACACCACUUGUUUCCUGCUACUUUGACAGAGUAUAUACUUACCACCUUCGCUGUUACAUCUACCAGGCAAGAAACCUCAUGGCUUUAGACAAAGACAGUUUUUCAGACCCAUAUGCUCAUGUUUCCUUCCUCCAUCAAAGCAAAACAACUGAGAUCAUUCAUUCAACUCUAAAUCCUACAUGGGACCAAACUCUCAUAUUUAAUGAAAUUGAGAUCUAUGGGGACCCACAGACAGUUGCCCAAAACCCACCUAAUGUUGUUAUUGAACUUUUUGACAGUGACCAAGUGGGUAAAGACGAAUUCCUUGGAAGAAGCAUUUGUUCCCCUAUGGUCAAGUUAAUCCCGGAAGAGGACAUCACACCAAAACUGCUCUGGUAUCCUGUAACAAAUAAUGGCAAAGCUAGUGGAGACAUUCUUUUUGCUGCAGAACUUAUUUUGAGGGACAAGGGUGGCGCCAACCUUCCAAUUCUUCCAUCACAAAGAGCACCAAAGCUUUACAUGGUACCUCAAGGUAUCAGACCAGUAGUUCAACUCACUGCUGUUGAGAUUCUGGCCUGGGGGCUUCGGAACAUGAAAAACUAUCAACUAGCCCCUGUUAUGUCUCCAAGUCUUAUUGUGGAAUGUGGGGGUGAAAUGGUGGAAUCUGUAGUGAUCAAAAACCUCAAAAAGACACCAAAUUUUCCAUCUUCUGUUCUCUUCAUGAAAGUUCUUUUGCCAAAAGAGGAGUUAUACAGUCCAUCUCUAGUUAUUAAAGUAAUAGACCACAGACCAUUUGGACGAAAGCCCAUUGUGGGACAGUGUACUAUUAAUUUACUGGAAAGCUUUCGCUGUGACCCCUACACUACUAAAGAAGACAUUGCACCACAACUGAAAGUUAGUCUGCUCUCUGCUGCACCUCACCGGGAUACAGUAAUUGAAAUGGAAGACACCCAGCCACUCCUAACAGCUCAGCUUACGGAAAAGGAGGAAGAAAUUGUUGAUUGGUGGAGCAAAUUUUAUGCUUCAGUAGGAGAACAUGAAAAAUGUGGACAGUAUAUUACAAAAGGAUAUGAUACUUUAAAGGUGUAUGACUGUGAAUUGGAAAAAGUACCUGAAUUUAAUAGCUUAACAGACUUCUGUGAUACAUUUAAACUAUACAGAGGCAAAUCUGAGGACAGUGAUGAUCCAUCAGUGGUUGGGGAAUUCAAGGGAUCCUUUAAAAUCUAUGCAUUACCUGAUGAUCCCACUAUUCCAGCUCCUCCUCGCCAGUUCCGUGAGCUACCAGACAGUGGGCCUCAGGAGUGUAUUGUGCGAAUUUAUAUUGUUCGAGCUUUGCAGCUUCAACCCCAGGAUAAUAAUGGGCUGUGUGAUCCUUAUAUAAAAAUAUCGCUAAGUAAAAAAGUCAUUGAAGACAGAGAUAAUUAUGUGCCUAAUACUCUCAACCCAAUUUUUGGCAGAAUGUAUGAACUCAGCUGCUUCUUGCCUCAAGAAAAGGAUCUGAAAAUUUCAGUCUAUGACUAUGACACAUUGACACGUGACGAAAAAGUGGGUGAAACCAUAAUUGAUCUUGAGAACAGAUUCCUUUCUCGUUACGGAUCUCACUGUGGCAUCCCACAGCAGUACUGGAUAUCAGGUGUGAAUACCUGGCGUGAUCAACUAAAACCAACCCAGUUAUUACAAAAUGUAGCCAGGUUUAAAGGCUAUGCUCCUCCUGUCCUCUCUGAGAAUGGUAAAAGGAUUAACUAUGGCGGAAGAGACUAUACUUUGGAGGAAGCUGAAGCUAACAAAAUUUUGCAUCAGCAUCUUGGUCCAGGUGAAGAGCGGCUAGCCCUUCAUAUCCUCAGAACCCAGGGUUUGGUACCUGAACAUGUGGAGACAAGGACUUUAUAUAGCACCUUCCAGCCCAACAUCUCCCAGGGAAAGCUCCAGAUGUGGGUUGAUGUUUUCCCCAAAAGCUUAGGACCACCAGGCCCUCCCUUCAACAUCACUCCUCGAAAAGCCAAGAAGUACAUCUUGCGGGUGAUUGUCUGGAACACCAAAGAUGUCCUUCUGGAUGAAAAGAGCAUCACAGGGGAAGAAAUGAGUGACAUUUACGUGAAGGGAUGGAUGCCUGGAAAUGAAGAAAAUAAGCAGAAAACCGAUGUUCACUACCGAUCAUUGGAUGGUGAAGGGAACUUCAACUGGAGAUUUGUUUUUCCGUUUGACUAUCUCCCAGCUGAGCAGCUCUGUGUAAUUUCCAAAAAGGAACAUUUUUGGAGUCUUGAUAAGACAGAGUUCAGAAUCCCACCCAAACUGAUAAUUCAAAUAUGGGAUAAUGACAAGUUCUCCUUGGAUGACUAUUUGGGCUUUGUGGAACUUGAUUUACAUAAAACAAUCAUUCCAGCAAAAGUUCCAGAGAAGUGUAAUAUAGACAUGAUUCCAGAAUACAAGGCAGACAGUUCUCAGAAGGCUCCCAAGACCGCCUCUCUCUUUGAACAGAAAUCCAUGAAAGGAUGGUGGCCAUGUUAUGUUGAAAAGGAUGGCUCCCGUGUUUUAGCGGGUAAAGUUGAAAUGACACUGGAAGUUGUCAAUGAAAAAGAAGCUGAGGAAAGGCCAGCUGGUAAAGGAAGAGAUGAACCCAACAUGAACCCCAAACUAGAUCUACCAAACCGACCAGACACUUCCUUCCUUUGGUUUACAAAUCCCUGCAAGACAAUGAAAUUUAUUGUGUGGCGCAGGUUUAAAUGGCUUUUUCUGGGCCUUAUCAUCUUGCUGAUUUUACUCUUGUUUGUAGCAGUACUCCUCUACUCAUUGCCGAACUACUUGUCAAUGAAGAUCGUGAAACCAAUUUAAGAAGAGUUUUUUACUUCAUCUUUUUAAAUAGUAACAAGGUUUUGCCUCAGGCCAUGGACCAAAUUCAGCAAGGCUCUUCAUCCUUUUCAUCUGCUAGUAUUUGGAACUGUAAAAUAGAUAAGUAAGAAUUUAACCAAGGUUAGCCAAGGUUCAAGAGGUCAUGAGAGGUAUUCUUAAAAAACAAAAGAUAAACUCCUUCACGUUUCAUGUACUUUUUUUUUACUUCAGUAGUAUCUUCACAUGGUAAACUUCUGACUUCCUUGCUUUUAAACUAUAUUUUUCAUAAAAAUCACUCAGGAGGCUGCCUGCUGUUGCUAUUUUUUUAAUGGAUACUUCCUUUCGAGAAUUCCUUUCUACUAGGCACACUUUGAAACCUUGUUUUUAACUUAAUGAAAAACAAGCACUACUUAUAACUGUGUAUACCAAAGAAACCUCAUCGUGCAGUCAAAGAAGGGUCAUUGUUUCUAGAAAAGUUUUAAUCAUCAUGCUGCUUAAAAUUUUUACUUAUUGCACUGUAGACUUGACAACUCUAUAUAUGUAUCUUGACAACAACUGCAUGCACAUAGAAAUAAAUAAGAUACUGUUUACUUAGUAUGAUUUACAAAUGUUUAAAUAAACUUAUCUACAAGUAAAAUGCAAGUUUUCAGUUUUGUUUAUCUAUUGCAAAACUACGAUGCAUUAGGUAUUGUAAAGUGUGUAUCAGAGGAUGUAAGGCCACAAACCUGGAAUUGAAGGUAUUUUACUGUUACCUUUACAGUGAAAAAAAAAGGAAAUACUUCUGCACAAAGUUCUAAUGGAUUUUGUCAUUAAUUAGGAAACCAAUAAAUAAAGUAAAUUUGUUUAAUAA